ACGUCACUUCCGCCCUGGUUUUAUAAUGUUUGUGUUUUAACGCUUUGAGGGAAGCUUUACUCUGUAAACAGACGUUUAGUAGCAUCGAAAGACACACGAGCCUUCGUGAACUAGUAUCGAUAUGAACUAAUUGCUUGUUUGUGACAAAAAUGGAGAAUUCAGAGACAAGUCCAUCACUGAGGCCCUUGGCAGUGUCAGACAGAGGCACGGUGCAAUCCUCGGGCUCCACUUGUCAGCUGUCAGAAUCAACCAGGUCCUCAAAGCACAGGGAGCACCCGUCCAAGUCACCAAGGAGACGGCGGGAGGGGAAGAGGUCGCAGCGACGGGGGGAUGGUCAUGAACAGCUGCUGUGGGAGAUGGAGCGGCGGAGGUUGCCAGGCCAACACGAGCACUUGGAGCCCUCUGGUUCGGCAAGCGACACAGCGGAAAGUUCUCCUAAGAGAAGAGCCCACUUUCUACAUGGGCCGUAUCCAGCCACUCACUUCGGACCCAAAGCCUGUAUUCUUCCCAACCCAACUUCAGUCAUGCACAUCCAGGACCCAGCCAGCCAGAGGCUCACUUGGAAUAAACCUCCAGUCAAUGUGCUCAUCAUUAGGAAAAUCAGAGAUGAAAGCCUGGUUGAACCUUUCAAAGAGCUCUGCAGAUUUCUAGUAGAGGAAAAACAGAUGAUGGUGUACGUGGAGCGCAGGGUUGCAGAUGAUGCUACGCUGUCAAAGGAUGAGGCCUUCGGCUCCAUCCGCAAUCAGCUCUGCACCUUCAGAGAGGGCUAUGAUGAUAUUUCUGACUGCAUCGACCUCAUCAUCUGUCUGGGCGGGGAUGGAACUUUGCUGUACGCCUCCUCUCUGUUCCAGCGUUCCCCAGUUAUGGCAUUCCACCUUGGCUCUCUAGGUUUUCUGACACCUUUCAAGUUUGAGUCAUACAAGACUGAAGUAGCUAAAGUGUUUGAAGGCAAUGCCGCCAUCACUCUGAGGAGUCGUUAAAGAGUGAAGGUGGUGAAGGAAUGCUUCAAGAGAACAGGACAGCAGUCGUACAGCAGAGAGCAACAGCAGGAGCAAAAUGGACUCCUUCCUCAUGGACACACCAACAGUGAGACCGGCAAGGUCACCUUGCAAGCUGCAGGUGAGGACAAGGAUGUGCUGAAUGAGGUGGUGGUGGAUCGAGGCCCGUCCUCCUACCUGUCCAAUGUGGACUUGUAUCUUGACGGACGUCUCAUCACCUCAGUGCAGGGAGAUGGUGUUAUUGUGUCCACACCUACAGGCAGCACAGCGUAUGCAGCCGCAGCAGGAGCCUCAAUGAUUCACCCCAACGUUCCUGCGAUCAUGGUCACUCCCAUCUGCCCACACUCGCUCUCCUUCAGGCCAAUUGUGGUCCCUGCUGGAGUGGAGUUAAUGAUCACCCUGUCUCCUGAUGCCCGGAACACCGCCUGGGUGUCGUUUGACGGCAGGAAGAGACAGGAGAUCCAGCAUGGAGACUGUAUUAAGAUCACUACGUCUUGUUACCCGGUGCCGUCUAUCUGUUGUCAUGACCUGGUGUAUGACUGGUUUGAGAGUCUGGCUCAGUGUUUGCACUGGAACGUACGCAAGAGGCAAAACCGACUCGCUGACAUCUCGGACUCAUCUGACACAGAAAACUGAAGUUUUGGGUGUGUUUUCUGCCAAAAGACGAAUCCAAUGCUCUCCACAGUAGUGGAGUGAGAAUGAAGGGAUUAGGUUUACACACGUGGACAAAAUUGUUGGUACCCCUCAGUUAAAGAAGGAAAAACCCACAAUUCUCACUGAAAUCACUUGAAACUCACAAAAGUAACAAUAAAUAAAAAUUUAUUGAAAAUUAAAUAAUCAAAAACAGCCAUUGCUUUUGAAUUGUUGAUUAACAUAAUUAUUUAAAAAAACAAACUAAUGAAACAGGCCUGGACAAAAUUGAUGGUACCUCUAUAAAAGAUUGAAAACUAUUUGACCAGAGUGACAUGAUUAACUCAGGUGUGUCAUUUAAUUGACAUCACAGGUGUUUCCAAACUCAUAAUCAGUCAGUCUGCCUAUUUAAAGGGAGACAAGUAGUCACCCUGCUGUUUGGUGAAAAGGUGUGUACCACACUGAACAUGGACAACAGAAAGCGAAGGAGAGAAUUGUCCCAGGACAUCCGAAAAAAAAUGAUAGACAAACAUCUUAAAGGUAAAGGCUAUAAGACCAUCUCUAAACAGCUUGAAGUUCCUGUGACAACAGUGGCUCAUAUUAUUCAGAAGUUCAAGACCCACGGGACAGUAGCCAACCUCCCUGGACGUGGCCGCAAGAGGAAAAUUGAUGACAAAUUGAAGAGACGGAUCGUUGGAAUUGUAUCCAAAGAGCCCAGAGCAACCUCCAAAGAAAUUAAAGAUGAACUCCAAGGCCAAGGUACAUCAGUGUCAGAUCGCACCAUUCGUCGUUGUUUGAGCCAAAGUGGACUUCAUGGGAGACGACCAAGGAGGACACCACUGCAUGUAUUAUUACUUAGCCAACCAACUUCAGUAUAUCACCAAAUGGAUUCAUCCACAUGUAGAAUAUAACUCCUGGCUGGAACUAGAACAGUUAGAUUGUAACCAGAUCAAAAUCUCUGACCUGCCCUUUAUCACUUCCGCCCUUAAACAUCACUCCUGCUUCAAGAACCCAAUGAUUGCCUCCACCUUGUCUGCCUGGUGGAAAACAUUGGAGGUCACAGGCUCCCAAUUAAAACCCAGCAUACUGUCCCCAAUCUGGCACAACCCUGAUUUUGCAAACAAUAAAAUAGCUCUUUAUUUCAGGACGUGGGCAGAGAGAGGAGUCACCCACCUCCACCACCUUUUUGAUGAUAACAUAUUUAGGACAUAUACAAACUUAUUCCAAACAUUCGAAAUAAGAAAUGGAAACUUCCUCCACUACCUACAGGUAAAGAAGACGCUUACAAGUAGAAUUCCAUCGCUUCAGUCUAAUCCACAGCCAACUGAUUUACAGCCACCUGAAUUUGUCAAAUAUAUUGCGAAACUGUCUCCAAGAAACAAAAAGAACCUCUCAAAAAUUUAUAGUUUACUCUCAAAGACAGAUUCUAUUCACCUACCAACUCACAAAUGGGAAGAAGACUUGUCCAAAUCCUUUGACUCUGAUUUUUGGACCCAGAUCUGUGAAAACACAUUUAAAAUGACAAAAAAUACCAACUUACAACUGAUCCAAUUUAAGGUUCUUCAUAGAACGCAUAUAACCCAAUAUAAAUUAUAUAAAAUGGGCUUCUCAAACUCAGACACAUGUACUCAAUGCACUCAAAACAUGGCUGACACAUAUUUU